AUGCCGAAAGAGUGUAAAUCAUCUGAUGAGAAUCCUGGUGUGGCAGGUGAAAUCGCUUUCUACAAAAAGGAAGGUAAUGCGUUUCAACGCCAGCUAGAUAAUCUCAAUAGCUUCCUUACGAACGAGCAGCUAAAAAACUUAGAUGAGGCCGAACUUUCUGCGCGACUUAAACAUGCUGAGCGUUUGCCGGCAAACUUCGAAAAUGCCCGAUCAACACUUAGGCGAUUGGAUCGCAAGGAAUUUGAGUCUGAUGCUGACGAAAAUUUCUCCAAAGUGUAUAUUGAGGUAGAGGCAAAAAUUAAUCGUUGGCUGAAUACAAAACAUAAGUCAUCUGGCGCGCACUCUUCAACACUACGACAAUUCUCUUGGGACGACAUUACGCCGCAGCAGUUACAACGACGAUCCAGGCUACCUGAGCUUAAAAUUCCAGUUUUUAGUGGCUCCUAUCUCGACUGGCCAUCGUUUUUCAGCACGUUUAUCUCAGCAAUAGACAAAGACGUGGAGACGUCCGAAUUAGAAAAAAUGCAGUACUUGAUCACCAGUCUCAGUGAUGCAGCUUUAGACACUGUGCGCUCACUCGAGCCCAGUAAAGAUAAUUAUGACAAAGCUUUAGAUUUAUUAAAAGCAAUUUUCGGGCUACAAGGUAUGGAAAUGGGCGCAUCAGAUGGAUUACGAAGAUUAAGCGAUCAAGUAAAUGCACAUCUUCGAGCGCUGCAAACUUUAGCAACUACUGAAGAGAUAUACAAUGGCUUACUCAUUCACCUCAUCACAAGUAAACUGGAUCGACAAACGCACGAAAAAUGGGAAGAAAAUUUAUCUGCACACAAAUUACCUACAUGGAUUGAUAUGUCAACGUUUUUGGAAAGAAGAUGCCGCAUGAUGGAGAAUUUGGAAAACGCUAUGGUCAUACAGGCCCCUAGCAAACAGGUGAAAAAUAUUGUAUCUCAAGCAAAAUCAAAAACAAGCGUACUCGUUACUGUAGGUGGUGGCAAGCCCACUCCACUCUGUAUUUUUUGUGAUUCCAAAGAGCAUUUCAUUACUGGUUGCACUUCGUUUUUGAAUCUUUCUCCAAAUUUGCGUUAUAAGGAAGCAAAAAAAUUUCAUUUGUGCUUAAAUUGCCUACGCAAGGGCCACACUAUCAAGCAAUGCAAAUCUGAUAGUGUACCAAAACCAAUUGUGGCAUCGCCUAUAACAAAUAGCCAGGUUACAACAUCACAAUCAGCCCUAUUAACAUCAUUAGUUGCAAGUCCCAAACCUUUAGCCUCGAAAAAUAUGUCUAACAAUUGUGUGCUGUUAGCAACGGCCAUCAUUUUAGUAAAAAAUCGUGCUGGUACAUUAAUUCCUUGUCGCGCUAUUUUAGACUCUGCGUCUCAAUUAAAUUUCAUUACAUCCCGUUCAGUAUCUGGCAUUGGAGAAUCGAGUCUCAAUGCAGACAGAUGCGUCGACAUAUUUGCCCAAGCGCAAGAUGGUCGGUUUUCAACAUCGUUCACAGCUUUAAUAACACAAAGAAUAACAGAAUAUCAGCCGAAGUUUGAUAUCAGCAUUGAGGGGUGGAACAUACCAAACAACAUUAACUUAACUGACCCAUCAUUCUUUAAAGCAAAUCGUAUUGAUGUUUUGAUCGGUGCGGAAUUAUUCUAUGACUUAAUUUGCGUUGGACAAUUUAGAAUUGCUGAUCACCUACCAACACUGCAAAAAACUAAGUUGGGCUGGGUGGUUUCUGGAGGCGUAUCACAUAUCAGUAAUAAAUUAAUAACUCUUUCGACAUUCAGAAAAUUAACACCGCCACAUGAUAGUAUUGAUACACUUUCAAACAUUGUUAAACGCUUUUGGGAGAUCGAAAAUGGUUUCGAUUCUACUCCAGCAUUAUCGGAAGAGGACGCUUUUUGUGAGCAGCAUUUCGUACAAAAUUUUCGUCGAUUGCCUUUAGGGGACUACUCAGUUAGACUGCCACCUAAAUCCGAUCUUGAUGCUCUUUGUGAAUCGCUUUGUCUUGCUUUACGUAGAUUCAGGGCGCUUGAAGGAAAACUCCAAAAGGAUGAAUCCACAAAACUUUUAUAUUCGGCAUUUAUGCAGGAGUAUAAGGAUCUUGGUCAUAUGUCGCUGGCAUCAUUUCAAGCAGACAAACCAGUUUACUACUUACCGCAUCACUGCGUUAAAAAGCAAGACAGUACCACUACAAAACUGCGCGUGGUUUUUGAUGGGUCGGCUAAAACUACUUCAGGACUUUUCAAAGUUGCACUACUUGGCGACAUAUGUAAAAUGUAUCGCUGCAUUAAAAUGAGUAGCCCUGAUGACCAGUUGCAGUGCAUUCUUUGGCGCGAUGACCCAUCUGAGCAAAUCAAGACAUACAAGUUAAACACGGUCACAUAUGGAACGAGGCCUGCUGCUUCCCUAGCUAUUCGAGCUAUGCAUCAGCUUACAUUUGAUGAGGAGGAAUCAUUUCCAGUCGGCGCUAAAAUCAUUCGAAGAGAUUUUUACGUGGAUGAUUUGAUAUCUGGUGGCGAUUCAAUCGAGGAGGUCAUACAAAUGAAGCAAGAGAUCAGACAGCUACUUCUACGAGGAGGCUUUCCAAUUCGAAAAUGGUGUUCUAAUGAAGUUGAUGUUUUGAAAGAUGAAGACGAAAGUAAUUGCGAAAAAUUCAUAAAGUUUCAUGAUGGUACAGAUGUGACAAAAGCACUUGGCCUUGUGUGGGAACGUAUCUCAGACAACUUUCUAUUCAGUUUCACACCAAUCUUGAGUUCGCAGAAAAUUACAAAGCGAUCUAUUCUUUCAGUCAUAGCGCGGUUCUACGAUCCACUUGGCUUAAUAUGCCCAGUUAUCACAAAGCUGAAUAUCUUCAUGCAAGCCUUAUGGAAGGAAAAACUGGUUUGGGACGAAAGCCUGCCGCAAUCGCUACAGUCCAUUUGGUUGGACUUGUGUGGUCAACUUUCAUUCGUUAGGAAUCUUCAAAAUUCCACGAUACGUGCUUGCACUGCAAGCCCGCGUUCAAAUUCAUGCCUUUUGUGA